AUGAAAUUUUUCAAAUCUCUUUUCACCGCUUUUGUCGCGAGCAGAGUGCAGGCUUGUGUCGAAGGAGAAAGUUACACUUGUGAAGCUGUUCCUGGAGGCGUUCAAUUUACGAACUCUUGGGCUUGCAAGGAUUGCUUCAAUGUGAGAAUUCAGGUUGACCUGACUCAAGUACCAGCGGGAACACAUUUCAACACCAAUGAAAACGACAAGCUCUAUCUUUCGUUCAACGAGAAUCUGACCUUCAUAACGAUCGCUGGCCCAGCAAAGGACGUUCAAUUUGUUCGGGAAUACGAGGGAAAGUUUUACUACUGGAUUACCUUCAUUGAUGGCUACAACUUUGGAAACAACCUGAUCGACGUAAAUGCUCAGUUCAGAUCACCUACGGUUUCGAAUUUGAAUAUUCUUAACGGAGAAGUGAUCACGUGCCCCUGCUCAGCUGAGUCCGGCGGCGGAGCAGAAAUCGUCGUCGGCGACUGUAAUCCAGAACUUGCGAGAAUUGAAUUUGGCGAGAAGUACAAUAUUCUCGGUUGGGAAGGCGGCAUAAAUUGUCAUGACAGAAGACGAGGAAAAUUAAACUUCUGUGAACCUGUCUGUCCGGAUUUAUCUAAGCCUACAGAUUCAUCCAACUCUCGACGAAAUUGCCGUUUGCAAGCCAAAUGCUGGUAUGCUAAUCAUCUCAAAAACUCACCAGAACGAAUCUUUCAACGAACCGGAUCUACUUUGGAGACGAAUGUCUGGUCCUAUUUUUCCAGAAUCUCAGACUGUUCCUGUCUUUAA